AUGAAGAAAUGUAUUCCAUGGCUAGCAGGCCUUUUGUGUGGGCAGGUCCUGGCUGCGCCACCUCAAGUUGUCUUGAAUGCAGCUCCGAAUAGACCCGAUCGAAAACUUCAUGGACGUUUCCUGCACAUCACCGAUAUUCAUCCCGACCCAUACUAUGUAGAGGGGACUUCUCAGUCGUCUCAAUGCCAUCGAAAGGAGUCAGGCAAGGAUCAGCAGGCAGGAUAUUAUGGGACACCCUUCGGCAUCUGCGACUCGCCUUGGACAUUAACGAAUUUCACGUUCGAGCAUCUAGAGGAGCAUUGGAGCUCUGAGAUAGACUUUGUUAUAUGGACCGGUGAUAAUGCUAGACAUGACGAAGAUCACGAGAUCCCUCGACCACUUGACGAGAUAUUCGCUGUCAAUCGCGCCGUUGCGAAAAAAAUGGAAGAUGUAUUCCUCAGGAAGGGAAUACCAGUAGUGCCAAGUUUGGGAAAUAAUGAUGUUUGGCAGUCGUCGUUGGCCUUGGCAGCACACGCGAGUGGUUUCUAUCUCAACGAUGCCUUUGUCUUUCUAACAUCCACUACUACAGAAUACUUUAUCUCCAGCAUAUGGGAUGUAUUUAUUCCAUCAGCCUCCAAGACCUCUUUCCGAAAAGGCGCAUAUUAUGCAAUAGAAGUGAUACCCGAUGCACUUGCGGCGAUUAGUCUGAGCACAAUGUAUUUCUAUCGUGAUAACAAAGAAUUGACAGCUGUGAGAGGGUGUCCAGUCGGUGAUGCCAGUGACCCCGGUAAUUUACAAUUUGACUGGCUGGAAGGGCAGCUUGAAAUGUUUCGGGCUCGGCAGAUGCAGGUGUGGGUUACUGGACAUAUUCCCCCGUCUGACUACCAUUACCAUCCCGAGUGUUACUACCGAUACGCGGAGCUGAGCCUGAGAUAUCAAGAUGUUAUUUUGGGCAGUUUAUUUGGUCACUUGAACGUCGAUCAUUUCUACUUUGUCGAGGCCGCUGAUCUCAAUGUCAGCCUUGAAGAAGACAGGAUGCCGUCCCAUAGUUUCGAGGGCACAAUCUUUGAAGCAUUGAUGGCCGACUUUGAAGCGCUUGUGAAGAAAUCAAAGCAUUUGAAUUAUGACGACUAUGCAGUAGUCAACGUCAGCCCGUCGUUGGUGCCCAAUCCUUAUUUGCCCAGCUUCAGAGUGUUCAGCUAUAACAUCUCGGGACUGGAAUCGACGACUGUGGGUGCCGUCGGUGAGGACGGAUAUCUCCUGAUGACAAAGAAGGAUCGAGCCUCCCGAUGGAAGCAUUUACCGUAUCGUCAUGGUAACGAUGGGAAUGAUAAAUACCAAUGCAUGGAUGCGGGAUAUCGGGACUCGUGGAGGUGCAAGCUUCGUCCCUGGCGUUCUGACAGCCACGCUCCGUCACGGCAAAAUACGUUGUGGACACCUCUGGGAUAUGCGCAGUAUUAUAUACCUCAACUUGAGGGAUAUGGCGAGAAAGAUGAACCAAAGUUCAAGCUGGAAUACUUGACGUUCCCGAUUUCAAAGCUGUACAUGGCGGAUGGACCCGUUCCGCUGAGAAACUUGCCCAAGUCGCUCCGCGAAGCAGGGAUAACGAAAUCGGAGCUUGCGCCGUAUGGACUAGGUGAUCUUACGAUUCCGUCUUGGCUAGAUCUAGCCUGCAAGCUGGGGAAGCCGCGGGAGAAAAAGCUCCGAAAGCAGUUCAGGAAGUAUAUGUAUAUGGGAGGUGAAAAUAUUUAA